AUGUCUUCUGCCAGCCGUGCGCCAUGGCGACGACUCCUCUUUCUUUUCAUCUCUACACUUUUCUGCGCACUGCGGUCGCCAGCGAUGGCCGACACCGUGACGCUGACGGACCCCACCACGGGUGAAGUGGUUCUGCUGACGUCUGGCAAGUUACACUCCACCGUGGCUUCGUCUUCUUCUGUUGUGGGACUGUGGCCACACGGAGACGGGCGCGAUGAUGACACCGCUUUCUUCAAGAGGGAAGAUGACGCGUACGAGGAGUGGACGAAGAAGAAGAAAAAACAGAUGCAGUGGGAGCAACAGCAACGGAAAGAAAACGAGAAAGAAGGCAAAGAGAGUGACAACAAGGAGAGUCCCAAGAAGGCGUCGAGAUCAAAGUUAGAGGAGUUUUCCGCGGAGGCUGUGAAGUCCCGUAGUAAAGCCCGUCGCCAACACCUCAACGAACUCAAAAACAUCUCUUCUUUUGAAAUUGCAUGGAGUGACGUCCGCGCUGACUCUGAUCGUGUGGAAAAAUUUCUCCAUGACUUUUCCUCCUCCGCUCCCGAUGGAGCUCCCGGAGGUGGCCCUGAAGAACAGUACACUCAUCUCCUGAAAACCGUGUUCCGUCAUACAGUGAGAAACAUGACAAGUAAAGAGGGGUUCCUGUGGAUUGAAAAGCGGAUGUGUGCCCUCCCGUACCCGAUGGUUCUUGAAGGGAAAGUCGUGGAGCGUGUUGAGCGGGAAGUGCGAGAAAUUAAGGAGCGCAUGAAUAAGUUGGACUUGGCAUGGCGCGCUGCGAAUAUAACUGAAAAUCUGGAGGAUAUUAACUCCACCAUGAUGCAGAUUAGAGAAAGUCUCAGUGAAUCUGAAGAAAUUAUCAACGCCAGCAGAGAGGCACACAAGAUUGUUCUUGAGCUUGUGCUUCCGCUCAUACCAAAUACUCGCCAGAGUGUCGCUAACCAGCUACGGGAGAUCAAUGCCAAGAUUGUAGGAAAUGACGAAUCCACCGCCCUCUUGCGUCAGCAGUUGAAGGAAUGGACUCGGCGCAAAAGUAUUCUCAAGACCUCUAAUGAAAAGAUAAUGAAUGUGGAAUUGGAACUACGCCGGGCUGUGUAUAGUAACUCGCUGCUGUCUGAGAGGGAUUUUAUUUUCUCUCUUGCUCUGAUUGCUAGGGCACGUCUGGGACAAAACACAGGAAUUGAAAUUGUGGAUGUGGUCACGGGCCUUGGGACAUGUGUCUCGCUCACCGCCGCUCAGGAGGCGGAGUUGAAAGAAACCCUCUCCUACCCGCUUGGAAUCACUCUGCUGACCGUCGGUAGCGUCGGUUGGGUGAUGUUGGAAGCACGCGCCUUUUGGUUGAAGCGGGUGCGGAAGUCAUUGGCUUCUUUGCAGCAUCCGCCUGACGUGGGCGGCCAUCCGCGUAGGCAAGUUUCUUUUGUGCGUCUCUGUCUCCGAGUGAACCUGCUGCUGGAGGCGAUGGUCCCGUUAGUAGUCCCAUCAUUUCUUCUUUACAGUGCAGUUAACAAAAAAAAAGGGGAGGUUUCUCUCUAUUCCAUUCUUCUUUUUUCAAGGCCGGCCCAACGGCUUGCAAUGUUUGGGGUGGCAGUUGCGUUCUGCAUCCUGAGCAUCCUCGUGUCGUCACUGGUGGGUGCGCUGUACAGGUAUGCGUCGGCCUCGUCGCCGCGGCGGAAGGUGAAAAAGAACUGA